UAGAUCUGGCAGCUUUUUAAUCAUCUUUUUGUGGUCACAAAGCCACUGGAUAUACCAUCUUAUUUCUGCUGCUUUUCCCUGUUACAGGGUAGACUGUUCUUUUUCACAUUUGUUCCAGGGGGAAAUAUAACUCCUUCUCUAGAAGGAAGUCAUUCUGAUAUUAAGUGGCUGGGAGGAUGCUUUUGGCUGAAAUAAGGAUUUAAUUCCAUCCUGGGUAAAGUAACCACUCACCAAAUGCUUAGUCGGAUUCUGUGCUGUCUGAUAUGGCUGCAUUGGCUGGUUUCUGCAUUAGAUGUGAGCUGUUUGGAACUUCCUCCAGUGGACAAUAGUGUAUUUGUUGCAGAGGAAGUAGAAGGACAGAUUCUGGGGGUUUACGUUUGUAUCAAAGGCUACCACUUGGUAGGAAAGCAGUCUUUGGUCUUCGAUUCCUCAAAGGAAUGGAAUGUCUCCGUCCCUGAGUGCCGCUUGGGCCACUGUCCCAACCCUGUACUGGAAAAUGGCAAUAUCAGUUAUUCUGGGCCUGUGAAUGCAAGUGACAAAAUCAUGUUUAGGUGCAAUGAUGGUUACAUACUCAAGGGAAGCAACUGGAGCCAGUGCUUAGAAGACCACACCUGGGCACCUCCCUUUCCCAUCUGCCGAAGCACAGACUGUGAACCUCCUGUGAUUCCUGCCCAUGGCUAUUUUGAAGAAGAGACUUUCACUUCGGGAUCUGUUGUUAAUUAUUUCUGUGAAGACGGGUACCGCCUAGUGGGCGUCGAGAGGCUGCAAUGCACCGAUGGGGAGUGGGACAGCUCCUAUCCUACCUGUGAGCCCAUCCAGGAAGCCUGUAAACCAGCUGAACAGAUGGCACUGGAGAAAGCAAUUCUUGCCUUUCAGGAGAGUGUGGACCUUUGCAGUGCCAUGGAGAACUUCGUGAGAAGCCUAAAGGAAAGUGGACUAACAAUGGAAGAACUGAAAUAUUCCCUGGAGACAAGGAAAGCUAAGCUGAAGGCAGCUAUUUUACUGAACUAUAGCUUAACAGAGUGGUCUCAGAAAUACACCUAUGAAUAAACUGCUUCUGAAGGUG